AUUCCCGGGUGUAUUCCCACCUCCCGCUGCCGGGCCCGGAGCUGCCGGGAAGGGGCGGCGGGGGAGGCCACCAUGUCCCAGGCCACCACCUGCCUCCAGCAGGGGGAUGGCGGGAAGACCCUUCCCACGUCCCCCCCAGCGCCGGGAUCCGCGCUGGGUUUCCCGCGGGAGACGCUGUUCCGGCAGGAGAGCGGGAUCACCUACCGCAUCCCGGCCCUGCUCUACGUCCCCCCUGCUGCCACCUUCCUGGCCUUCGCCGAGAAACGCUCCUCGCCCAGGGACGAGGACGCCAAGUACCUGGUGCUGCGCCGGGGCCACCGUCGGGGCUCCUCGGUCCAGUGGGGUCCAGUGGAGGAGCUGUCAGCCCUGGUGCUGCCCGGCCACCGCACCAUGAACCCCUGUCCCCUCUACGACGCCACCAGCGGCACCAUCUUCCUCUUCUGCAUCUGCGUUGAGGGGGCCAAGACCGAGCGGCGCCAGAUCUGGGGGGGCUGCAACGCCGCCCGCCUCUGCUGCUCCUCCAGCCACGACGGCCGCGCCUGGGCCCCGCUGCGGGACCUGACGGAACAAACCGUCGGCCCCGACCUGUCCCGCUGGGCCACCUUCGCCGUGGGGCCGGGGCACGGGGUGCAGCUCUCCUCGGGGCGCCUGGUGGUCCCCGCCUACGCCUACUGCAUCCAGGGCUGGCUGUGCGGGCUGCUGCCGCUGCCCUGCUGCACCCGCCAGCACUCCCUGGUCUUCUACAGCGACGACGGCGGGCGCAGCUGGCACAAGGGUGCCCCUCUGGGCGGGGAGCCCACGGGCGAGUGCCAAGUAGCCGAGAUCUCCGGCGGGGAAGCCCCCCAGCCCCUGCUGUACUGCAGCGCCCGGGCGCGGCGCGGCUGCCGGGCCGUGGCUCUCAGCGCCGACCGGGGGCUGCGUUUCCAGCGCCCCUCGCGCUGCCAAGCGCUGGGGGAACCUCCUCAGGGCUGCCAGGGCAGCGUGGUGGGCUUCUCUGCCCCUUCCGGAGCUGGCGGGGAACCCGUUUGGUUACUUUACUCCCAUCCCACCGACCGGCAUCGCCGCCGGGAUCUGGGGGUUUAUCUCAACCCCUGGCCCAGGGACGGGGCGGGCUGGCAGCUCCCGUGGGUGCUGUGCCCGGGCCCGGCCGGUUAUUCCGACCUGGCCGCUUGUCCCGGCGGCGUUUUCGGCUGCUUGUUCGAGUGUGGCACAACCAGCCCCUGCCAGGAAAUCGCCUUCUGCCUCUUCAGCCUGGACACCACCCGCCCCGGCGAGCGGGACCUCAAAGCUUUUUAAAACUGACCCGUUUUUCAGGGACGAUUCCCUCCCUCCCUCUCUCCCCCAGCACGGCGGUCCCAGAACCUCGCCACGGACAUUGCGGAGGCUCCGCGUCGUGUCGCUCUUAUUUAAGGAACAGGCUUUUUAAUCACCCCUCAGGCAGGUGUUGGGGGAGCUGCUGGGGGUUGGGGUGUCAGCGCCGCUGCUGCUUGACCAAAAAUGGCCAUUUUUCAGCUGGUAGCAGCAAAAAAGUAGAAAAGGUGCCACCCGGAGCAGCUGGUUCCCCGGGGAAAAAUACCCCAAACUGGAGGUUUCGAUGGAAAUCCCAUCGACUCCUGCCUCUAUGACAGAGAAUUCCCCUUUUUUUAGCAUUUUUAAAUCCCGUUUUCUUCACUUUCCUGGCUCAGGCUGAGUUCCACCCCGUAUUCCCGUGGGAAGAAGCACUCAGAUCUUGGCAGGUUCUUUUUGUAUUCUGCUCCACAGGGGACAGGUUGUGGCAUCCCGCUGGUGGCACCAUCCUCCUGUCCCCGUCCCCUCCCCCUGCCCCGUGGAGCUGCCGAAUAAAAUCCUUCCAAACUGG